GACCGAAACACUUGCGCGUAGGCGUUUUAAAAGGCUUGACUGAGGACCUGUCUGCGCCCCUGACCCUGAUUUUUAAUAAAUCUUGGAGUACUGAGGAUGUUCCUGAGGACUGGAUAACAGCUGAACCCACUAUAGCAGUGUUUAAAAAAAGUAGACGGAAUGAGCGCGUGGAAGUGAAGAUCGAGGUGGUGCUGCCGGAGAAGGAGCGCAUCAAAGAGGAGACGUCGCCCAACGGGAAGGCCAGCCCCAUCGUCUACAAGGCCAAUGGCACCUCACGACAUUACCAGCUGGAGGAGCACCCCGUCACCCUCAACCCCUACCGGAAUGUGAAGGACGUGGUGGAGGCCUCCGUUUGCCAUGUGAAGGACCUGGACAAUGGACAGAUGCGAGAAGUCGACCUGGGCUGUGGGAAGGCUCUGCUGGUGAAAGAACAUGGAGAGUUUUAUGCCAUGGGUCAUAAGUGUCCUCACUACGGUGCCCCACUGGUGAAAGGGGUCUUGUCCAAAGGCCGAAUCCGUUGCCCGUGGCAUGGGGCUUGCUUCAACAUCAGCACUGGUGAUAUUGAAGACUUCCCAGGGCUGGAUAGUCUCCCCAAAUUCCAGGUGAAAAUUGAGAAGGAAAAAGUGUACAUCCGAGCAAGCAAACAGGCUCUUCAAGCCCAGAAGCGGACGAAGGUGAUGGCGAAAUGCAUCUCCCUCAGCAACUACAGCAUCAGCAGCACCAACGUGCUCAUCAUUGGGGCAGGUCCUGCUGGGCUGGUGUGUGCAGAGACGCUGCGUCAAGAGGGCUUCUCGGACAGGAUUGUGAUGUGCACAAUCGAUCGACAUUUGCCCUACGACAGGCCCAAGCUGAGCAAGUCAAUGGAUUCCCACGCUGACCAGAUUGCUCUGCGUCCUAAAGAAUUCUUCCGCACGAACGACAUUGAGGUCCUGACCGAAAUGCAGGUGGUGGCUGUGGACGUCAAGAACAAGACCGCCAUUUUCAAGGAUGGAUUUAAGAUGGAGUAUAACAAGCUGCUGCUGGCAACGGGAAACACACCCAAAACGCUCAGCUGCAAAGGCAAGGAAGUGGAGAACGUCUUCACCAUCCGGACCGUGGAAGAUGCCAACCGGGUGGUCAAAGUGGCCACUGGCAAAAACGCCGUCGUGGUGGGAGCUUCUUUCCUUGGGAUGGAGGUGGCCGCCUACCUUUCGGAGAAGGCUCACUCGGUCUCGGUGGUGGAGCUGGAAGAAGUCCCUUUCAAGAGGUCCUUUGGGGAAAAGGUUGGGCGAGCCCUCAUGAAGAUGUUUGAAAACAACCGAGUGAAGUUCUACAUGCAGACUGAAGUGUCGGAACUGCGUGAACAGGAGGGCAAGCUAAAAGAGGUGGUGCUGAAGAGCGGCAAGGUUCUUCGGUCAGAUGUCUGUGUGAUCGGCGUAGGAGCCACGCCAGCCACCGGCUUUUUGAAGCAGAGCGGCGUUCAUCUGGACUCCAAAGGUUACAUCGUGGUGAACAAGAUGAUGCAGACCAACGUUCCAGGGGUUUUCGCUGCGGGCGACGCAGUCACUUUUCCUUUGGCACUGCGAAACCACAAGAAGACCAACGUUCCACACUGGCAGAUGGCCCACAUGCACGGGCGCAUAGCAGCACUGAACAUGCUGGCCUAUGGGACAGAAAUCAGCACCAUCCCUUACCUGUGGACCGCCAUGUUUGGCAAGAGCAUUCGCUAUGCAGGUCAUGGAGAAGGAUUUGAUGAUGUGAUUAUUCGGGGAGACCUAGACGAACUUAAAUUUGUAGCCUUUUACACAAAGAGCGACGAUGUGCUGGCCGUGGCGAGCAUGAACUACGAUCCGCUGGUCUCCAAGGUGGCCGAUGUCAUGGGCUCCGGCAGGAUCAUCCGCAAACGAGACGUGGAAACCGGAGACAUGUCCUGGCUGACGGGGAAAGGCUCCUAA